CACUGCCGGGAUUGUGGUUCAAAAUAUGAGCCAUCGAAGUACCGAUAGAUUUUAAUGAUACCUCAGGUGAUAAUAAUGAUAUUGGAUAAAAUCCCAAUGCUGGCUGUGCUGUUGUUUCUAGUUUUGCCAAAAAGAGUAUCUGCUGCAAUCCUCACCACUGAAGAAAUCUUAGGAAUUGUCRUUGCCGCUUGCGCGUUGUUGAUUGUCAUCAUCACUGUGAUUGCUGUUUGUUUAUAUUUUCGUUUAAAGAAAUAUCGUAAGAGGGUAAAGCAUCUUUCUCAUGUUAAAAGAGAGCAACAUGCCGACAACGAGGAUGGACAUCUCCAGAACRAAAAUGGCUACCAGAAUCAGGCGAUGAAUCAAUACAAUAAUGAAAGUCAUGAAAGUCGUGAAUCUGACGAUGUUGUCGAGACACGUCACGAAGAAAUCGUAGAAUCGAAACCACGUGAUUGGGCAAAGAAACAUAAUGACGCAGACUCGAGAGCUGCGAGACGCUUUGCUCAUAUCAACAGCCCUCSACAGGAUAACAACAAUGCCAGCAAAGAAAUGUGGGGACUGUACUAGCGCGAACAUGGACACUAUAUACAUAAACUAGUUACACAUAUUCAAGAAAAAAGAAUCAUAUGUUUUAUGUACAUUAAUUUACAUUAUUCUAUUACCGCAAGCUAACAUCUAUUUCACCACGACCUGCUCCCAGUUUGGCCUUGUAGCUCAGCUGGUAGAGCAUCGGUAGUACAAAUC